UCUCGAAUACUAUCUGAGGGUUGAACGUUGGAAACCCAGAUUCAAAAUAUAAGUGGUUUUAAACAAAACCGAUCGAUAUAGACAUACCGGUUGGAGACCCAGAUUCAAAAUAUAUUGUAGUUUUAAACAAACCGAAUACAUUCUUUGUCAGCAGCGUGAAAGAGAUCAUCGAGGAAACACAUUGUAUUUUGGUAUCUUGUAUCCAGAACAAUGACAGAGUCAGAUAUCAGUGACUGUGUUCCAUCCAAAACACCAUUAAAUCAGAGUUAUUACUAUGGUAAAACUGAUACACCAAUAUCAACCAAAACAAUAAAACAAUGUCUAGUUGAAGCAGCUAAUGGAAAACCAGAACAUAUUAUUUACCGUAUACCUGAAUAUAAAGAUUCAAUUACAUUGAAAGCAUUAUUGGAACAGAGUGAACGAUUUUCCAGAUCAUUAUUGCAUCAUGGUGUUAGUCAAGGAGAUGUCGUUAUGGUACUUGGUGUUUCUACUUGUGAUUAUUUUGUCAUGUUCCAUGGUACUGUUGGUAUUGGGGCACAGUUCUUCUCUCCAUUUUUAUUUGAACCACCAGAGAAAAACACCAUUGAAUUGAUCAACUUGGUACGACCAAGUAUUAUAAUAAUUGGUUAUGAAGUCGCAUUCCUAACAGGUUGUAUCCGCGAUUAUACUACAAGCUCCUCUGAUAUCAAAUUUAAAACAAUCCAUUACACACCAGAAAAGAUAACUGAACCGCAAUUAAAUAGUGAUGAACUUUAUACGUAUGAACAGUUUUUAAACUCUGGAGACGUCUUGAAAACAGGAGACCAAUUGGCAUCGGCAGCAAGAUGUGUAGUAUAUACGGACACCGCAUAUUUACAGUGCACUUCAGGAACAACAGGAAAAUUCAAAGUCGUUUUGUUAAGUCAUCGGACAUUGAUCAAUUCAGCAAUAUUUGGGGAGAACAGGAAAAAUCCAAACAGAAAGAGGGUGGUCUUCGCAUUUUGCUGUAGACAACUUGACGACAUUACAUUACUACUGGAUAGUCUAACUCCCAUAUGUAACUGGAGACAUGGUGUUGUGGGUGUGGUCAUGCCGUCCACCAGUUUAACAGAUCCACUAUCAUUAUUAAAAUUUAUACAAGAUGAAAAAAUUGAAACACUUCAAGGAUUCCCGUAUUUCGUCACCCCACUGAUAGGUCACCCAGCUUCAAGUGACUAUGAUGUUUCUUCGUGGAAAUCCGGUAUUUUAGUAGCCCAGAUCAUCAGUAAAGAAUUCAGACAAUGGUUUGCGAAAAACAAGCCAGAUUAUACAAUAGUAUACGGUGGUACCGAAUGUUUAGGUGGAACUCAAACUUCUCCGAUCUAUUCAACUAAACAACAAUUCAUAGAAACCGUUGGGUAUCCCUUUGCUCAUAUAGAGCUAAAACUGAUAGGGGAUGAUAGCUCUAUAGUACCCAUAAAUACCGUAGGUGAAAUCUGUUUAAAAGGAUGGUCGGUGGCAAAUGGUUAUUUAAUGGAUAACGGAAAAGUUGUUACCGUUUGUGAUAAGGCCGGAUGGGUCCACAUGGGAGAUUUGGGCAAAAUGGAUGAAACGGGUCACGUAACGUACAUAGGAAGGAAGUCAGACUGUAUACGAUAUAAAAAUAAAGGUGACGUAGUCUAUCCAGGUGAAAUAGAAAAUACUGUCAAGACACAUCCUAAAGUAAAAGAUGCCGUGGUAGUGGGUGUACCACAUGAUAUUAAAGGAGAUGAUAUUUGUCUGUGUGUGGUUUUGAAAGAUGGUGAUUCGUUGGAUGAGGAAGGUCUAGAAACAUUUUGUAAAAAAAAGCUAUACAGUAGAGAUGUACCAAAUUAUUAUUUUAUUAUGGAAUCAUUUCCUGUUGUAGGUAUUAGAAAUAAGGUUUCUAGAGCAGAAUUGAAAAAUAUCGUUGUAAAGAAAAUAGAAACCAUGAAGAAAGAGAAAUCUUAAAUAAAUACAGUAUAUGUGAUGCAAAAUAUUAUUUUAUUUUUUUUAACUAAUUUUAAAAAUCAUAGUUUUGUUAUCU